AUGGCCUGCCCUUUGGCGAUUGGUGGAGCCUGUGCUUGGCCUCGUGCCUGUCGUCUUGUGUGCUGCGUAAGAGCCGCAACCCUGGACGUUGUUCAUUUAAAGGUUCCCAAGGGCCACAUCAGUGGCUUCCCUACGAUCUCAGUCGCGAGCCGCUUCCAGCUAUGGGCACUGGGAUGCUUCUGUAAUGAGCGCCACUUGGCCAAGUGCAUCAAGGGCAACAGUUUCUACCCCUUCAUCAGGCUGCAGCCCAACGUGUUCGCGCUCGAAUACUACCAGGACACCCUGUGGAAGGGGGCUCUGCUGUUGGUCAUCAGCCUCAGCGUAGUCCACUUAGAUUUCGAGGUGCUAGAACAGAAGACUUGGGGCCUGCCGGCCUACGGCAUAGUGGUGGGGCUGUGGCUCUUUGCUUCGUCGCUGCCGCACCGCCGCCUGGUGCUGAACCACAUGCGCGGUCUGUACCACUUCUCCAUCCAGGGCCACACUGUGUACCAGGGCCCCUUGCACCUCAUCUACGUGCGCCUGGCACUCAACUCCGACGCCUACGGAAGGUGCUUUUUCCAGCUAGUUCUGUGCGGCCACAAGCUGGAGCCACUGGUGCUGGUGGAGCUGUCCGAGCACUAUGAGCAAAUGGAGUUCCUGGGCCGGCACAUCGCCCGCAAGCUCAACAUUAACUACUUCGACUACCGGACCACAUCCUACCGGCACGUGGUCCGCCACUGGCCGCUGAGGGCCAGCCAGAGCCCAGGCAUCGUCCUGAGGAAGGAUCGCACCUACAACCAGGUCAAGGGCUCCCGAAUCAAUAUGGAAGUGUAACCUUCCACACUGCCUUAGACCCUCAGCUCUUUAGCCUCCCCCUCUCCUUCCUUGCCCCCUGGGACAGCUCUGCUCAGUCCCACCCAUAGCCUUCCCUUCAAUAAAGCUGUCUUCCUGGUUCCAACGGC